AUGGCGGAGGAGGAGGACGAGGAGAACAAGGUCCCGAAGGUUGACCCGAUCGUCUUCCUGCGCGACUGGUUCAAGACACGCGUGCUCUCCUCGCUGAAGUGCAAGGAGGACCUCGUCAAUGGCCUCAUCGACAAGGAGCCGAGCGCCACGGCGGUCGACUCGUUCUGGAAGGAGAGCGAGGUGCAGCGGCUGAUCGUGUACUUCAAGGAUGCCGAGCUCCUGGCGACCGUGAACCCGCCGGACCGGUUCAAGAAGAAGACGCUGUGCUUCCUGAAGCUCGCGCCCGUCAAGCUCGACCCGGAAAACGUCGACCAAAAAGUCAUCUUCGGAGACUUCGGCGACGUCCCGCUCGAGCACCUGUCCACCGUGGCGCAAGAGGUUUUCCUCCCCGUGCUGACCAACCCGAGGAACCAGCACGGGUGGCCGGAGGUGAUCACGAGGGAGGUGAUCGAGAACAUGCACAAGUUCAUCGCCAGCGUGUACGUGACCAUCGGCCAGACGAAGGGCAAGACGCUGCUGCCGAUGCCCCCUUCCGACGCGUCCACGGCUGUGUCGGGCGCGGACACGGCUGGCACGUCCACGACGGAUCAGAUCCAUACCCUGGAGUCUGCGAUCGUCACGUGGACCAGACAGAUCAAGAACGUGCUGAGGACGGACCCGGAACACGCGCUGAUGAGAGACGACGGCGAGCACCCGGGCCCUUUGACGGAGCUGGAGUUUUGGGAGGACAAGGCGGCGAACCUCAACGCGAUUCACGAGCAGCUCUCCGGGGCGAAGAUCCGCAAGGUGGUCAAGGUGCUCGAGCUCGCGAAGAGCUCGUACUUCCCCGCGUUCCAGAAGCUCUGCAAGGAGGUGGCUCACGCCAGGGUGGAGGCGAACGACAACCUGCUGUUUUUGAAGCCGCUGGAUAAGUACUUCACCAAGCUGCAGAACAACCAGGACGAGUUCGAAGGCCUCGUGGAGCUGUUCAAGCCCAUCAUGCACCUCGUGAUGCUCGUGUGGAAGCACUCGCACCACUACAACACCCCCGGGCGCAUCGUCGUGCUCAUGCGACAGAUUUGCAACGAUCUCAUCAUGCAGUCGCAAAAGUUUCUCCCCGGCGGCGAGAUCUUCGGGUUGGAACCUCCGGAGGCUGUCGAGAAACUCAAGCUGCUCCUCAGGGUGCUCGGCUCGUUCAAGUCCUUCUACUUCGAGUACAAGGGUAAGACGACGAGGGAGACGCCCCAGAAUCCGUGGAAGUUUCAAAACUCGGCGCUAUUCGCCAGGCUGGACGCGUUUCUCGAGCGGUGCCACGACAUCCUCGACCUGACGCAGACGGUGCUGCAGUUCAACAAGCUCGAGCGCGUGGAGGUUGGAGGCACGAAGGGCAAGGCGCUGUCCGCGAACGUCCGGCAGAUCCACGCCGAUUUCGUCGAGGCGUUGGAGAAGCUUCACCAGGUUGAGUACGACGUGAUGGACGUGGAGUCGAAGAAGUUUGACGACGACUUUUACGAGUUUCGGUCCGUGAUCAAGGAGCUCGAACGGAGGCUGGGUUCCGUCAUCAUCCAGGGCUUCGAGGAUUGCGUCACCGUCGGCACCGCGUUUAAGCUCUUCGACUCGUUCGAGGGUUUGCUGGAGCGCGAGAUCAUCAUGGCGGAUCUGGAGAAGAAGCAGAUGGAGCUGGUGCGCUUCUUCGGCGCCGAUCUCAAGGAGGUGGAGUCCAUAUUCAACUCGCAGAGGGAUAAGCCGGUGGUGGGCAAGAAUCUCCCCCCGUGCUCGGGCGCGGUGAAGUGGGUGCGCGCCCUGCACGAGCGCGUGAAGGACCCCAUGGAGAAGCUGACGUCCCUGAACAAGCUGGUGAUGGAGACGGACGAGUCGCGAGAGGUGACGGAGCUCUACGAGAGAAUCGCGGCGCAGUUUGAAGAGUACGAGACGCAGGUGCUCAAGAACUGGGCCAAGGAGGUGGACGCGACGGGCGAAGAGAAGCUCAAGCUCAACUUGCUCGCGUACGACGAGAAGGCUGAGAUCCCCGGGAUUUUGCGCGUGAACUUUGACCCCAAGCUCGUGAAGCUGCUCAGGGAGACAAAGUAUUUCAUGCUGCUCGACUCCAGCGUGCCCGCGUCCGCUCGCAAGAUUUACGAGCGGAACGAAACGCUGCGUCAGCAAACGGGUAACCUCGACCUCAUCGUCGGCACCUUCAACAACAUCCUCCGCACCCUGCUCCCCGUCGAGCGCCCCCUCGUGGCGUCCAAGAUCGAAAACAUCGAGGAGAUGCUCCAGAAGGCCAUCACGACGCUCAACUGGAACUCGCACAAGAUCAACGACUACCUCGCGGAGGUGAUGACCCACGUGAAGGAGCUCGACACCGUCUUGAACUACCUCAAAAACAGCGUGGAGAAGACCCAGAACGUGUUGAGACAGUGGGAGGAGAACCUCAUGAUUGACCGCAAAGACGGCAAGACGUACGCCGUCGACGAGUUCAAGGAGAUGCAGGAGAAGCUGCAGGCGGAGAGGGACGAGAAGAUCGCCGACGGCGGCGUGGAGAUCACCAAGUUCCUCCAGAUGUCCAACAAAAAGGUGAACGUGCCGAGGGCGUCCAAGGCUUGGCGCGAAUACGUCGAGUACGUCAACGAGAUUGUCAUGGAGGGGUACGCAAACGCCAUUCUCGCGUCGCUGAAAUACCUCAACGAGCAGGUCAACUCGGCAAUCCUGGCGGAGACGGAGCAGGCCCCGCUGCUGGAAGUUUCCCUGGAGCUCGCGGUGCCGGACGUCCAGUGGUCGCCGGAGAUUGGCCAGAGCGGCGAUCCGGAACGGCCGGGCGUUCGCGAUUUGAUCAACGGGUGGGUCCGAGCGUUUCAAAACACCGGGACGCUGGUCCGCCGCCUGGACAUCGGCGAGGGCAACUACAUGAAGGAGCUGGAAGAAGACUUCUACAUCCUCGACGGCGUGUCCGAGUUACAGGCGGUGAUCCUCGCGAACGAGGCGGAGUGCGUGGCGUUCAAGGAGGGCUACGACAAGUACGAAUACCUUUGGCGCAACGACCUCAACGCCACCUUGGCGGAGUUCAUCGAGACCAACGGCGCGGAUGGCGACGAUCCCGAGUUGGACGUCUUCGACGCCGAGAUCGCCAAGUACAAGGCGGUGCAGGAGGAAAUCGCGCACCUGACGACCAGCGCGGUGAUUGGCUGGAUCCGAAUCGACGCCAAGCCGAUGAAGCAGGCGCUCGCCACGUGGGUCACCAAGUGGGUGUUUCUGUUCACGCACUACCUCAGCAACAAGGUGGUCAACUCCAUGUCCGAGCUCUACGAGUUCAUGGCGCGCGGCGACGUGGUGCUGGCCAAGGACCCGACCGAGGCCAACAAGGAGCUGGACGACGCCGGGCGCAACGAGCUGCUGUACGAGAUGAUGGGUUACAUGCGAGACUUGCGAAAGCGCCAGGAUAAGACGGAUGGGAUGUUCGAGCCGCUGGUGGCCACCGUGGCGUUGCUCAAGACGUACGGCAUCAGCAUCAGCGAGGACGUCCUCAAGCAGCUCGAGGAGGCGCCGCUGGCGUGGAGCGCGCUCAAGAAGAAGAGUCUCAACGUCAAGGAGAAGCUGAGCAUGAUGCAGCAGCUCGAGGCUCGCAAAAUUCGCGAAGCCUCCGACGCCUUCGCGAAGAAGGUUGAGGAUUUCCGGGAACUCUUCCAGAAGCUCGCGCCCUUCUCCGUCAAGGGCAAGAUCACGACCGACGCCAUCGAGCCCGCGUACGCGGCGCUGGACCACUUCCACCACGGGAAGAAGGACAGCAAGUACGUCUUUGGCUCGAUCACCGACGUCGUCGUGGAGAGCGCGGAGCUCAACGAGAAGCAGGACCUGUUCGAGCUCAUCGUCACCGACUACGUCGCGCUUCGCAAGUCCAGCGAGGAUCUCACCAACCUGAAGCUCCUCUGGGACAUGAUCUCCUCGGUAAUUUACACGUUCACCUCGUGGAACACCACGCUGUGGGACAAGAUCGACGUGGACUACUUGGUCGAGGAGACCAAGAAGCUGCAGAAGGAGACGAAGCAACUGCCCAAGGGUUGCGCGCAGUACGACGUCUUCCGCACGCUCGGUGAUCAGGUCAAGGCGCUGCUCACCUCGCUGCCGCUCGUGGCGGAGCUGAGGCAUCCCGCGAUGCGGGAGAGACACUGGAAGCUCCUGCAGCAGGUGACGGGGAAGAAGUUCACGAUGGACGAAAAGUUUUCGCUGGGCGACCUCCUCGCUCUCGAGCUGCACACCUGCGCGGACAGCGUCUCCGAGAUUGUCGAGCGCGCGCAGAAGGAGCUGGUCAUCGAGAAGCAGCUCGUGAAGAUCGAGAAGGAUUGGGCGGGUUUGCACCUCGAUUUCGUCCCGUUCACGCCGGACUCGGACGUGGUCAACAUCGUCGUCGACGACCUCAUCGUCGAGGCGCUCGAGAACGACAACCUGCUGCUCCAGAACCUCGGCUCGAACAAGUACGUGCAGGGCACCAAGUUCCAGGAGAUCGUGGACGAGUGGCAGAAGAAGCUCGGCACGGUGGACAGCGUGCUGUCCGUCUGGGCGGAUGUCGCGAAGAAGUGGAGCAUGCUGGAGAGCGUCUUCAUCGGGUCGCAGGAUAUCCGCGUGCAGCUGCCGGAGGAUUCCAAGAGGUUCGACGGCGUCAACACGGAGUUCACGAACAUGAUGCGGGACGCCCCGGACGUCACCAACGUCGUCGAGGCGUGCAACGUCGACGAUAGGCUCGAGAACCUCGAGCGGAUGCUGAGUCUGCUCGAGAUGUGCGAGAAGGCGCUGCAGGAUUACCUCGAGACGAAGCGGAUCGCCUUCCCUCGCUUCUACUUCGUCGCCCCCGCGGAUCUUCUCGACAUCCUGUCCAAGGGUACCAACCCGCAGAUGAUCCUGCGGCACCUGUCCAAGUGCUUCGACAACAUCCACAACCUCUCGUUCGAGCCCGACGAGAUGGGCAACCCGUCCAAGAAUGCGAUCUCGAUGUGGUCCGGCGAGAAGGAGAACGUCGCGUUCGCGGGCAAGUGCAUGUGCGAGGGCCCCGUGGAGCAGUGGCUCAACGUCGUCGUCGAGACGAUGCGCGCGGCGCUGUUCCACGAGUUCAAGCUGUCCGUGCCCAAGUACGAUCAGAUGCCGAGGACCAAGUGGAUGUUUGAGCAGUCGGCGCAAAACACCAUCACCGUGUCGCGCCUCAUCUUCACGCAGGAGGUCAACGAGGCGUUCGACAGGCUCGAGGACGGCGACGACAACGCGAUGAAGGACCUGCUGCAGAAACAGCUCGACCAACUCAAGGGGAUCAUCGAGGCUGUCAACGGCAAACUCGAGAAACUGGACCGCAAGAAGGUGCUGACGCUGUGCACCAUCGACGUGCACGCUCGCGAUACCUGCCAAAAGCUCAUCGACGAAAAGGUGGACGUCGCGGACGCGUUCCAGUGGUCCUCGCAGCUCCGCUACGGCACCAACGAGAAGACCGGCAAACUCCAGAUCAACGUCUGCGACGCGGAGAUUCCCUACAUGUACGAGUACAUCGGCUCUCCCGGAUGUCUCGUCAUCACGCCUCUCACCGAUCGAUGCGUGAUCACCCUCACGCAGGCGCAGAGGCUCGUGCUGGGCGGCGCACCCGCGGGUCCCGCGGGUACCGGCAAGACGGAGACGGUGAAGGACCUCGGCCGCGCUCUCGGCAUCCAGGUGUACGUCUUCAACUGCUCGGACCAGAUGGACUACAAGGCUAUGGGUUCCACCUACAAGGGUCUGGCGCAGACGGGCGCGUGGGGCUGCUUCGACGAGUUCAACCGCAUUCCCGUCGCGGUGCUCUCCGUGUGCUCCACCCAGUACAAGACGGUGCUGGACGCCAUUCGCGCCAAGAAGAGCCAGUUUAUGUUCGAGGAUGUGGAGAUUUCGUUGAGGCCGUCGACCAUGGCGUUCAUAACCAUGAACCCGGGUUACCCCGGGCGCGCCGAGCUGCCCGAGUCGCUCAAGGCGCUCUUCCGCCCGGUGUCCAUGUGCGUCCCCGACCUCGGCAUGAUCUGCGAGAACAUGCUCAUGGGCGAGGGCUUCCAGAUGUCCAAGCUCCUCGCGCGCAAGUUUGUGAUCCUCUACAGACUCUGCCAGGAUCUGCUCUCCGCGGCGCCGCAUUACGACUGGAAGCUCCGCGCGAUCAAGACGACGCUGUACGUCGCUGGCGGUUUGAAGCGCGACCAGCCGCAUCUCACGGAGGACAAGGUCCUGCUCCAGGCUUUGCGCGACUUCAACCUCGGAAAGCUCACCUCGGACGACCACGGAAUCUUCAUGGGCUUGCUCAACGACUUGUUCCCCAAGAUGCUCGCCGACGUUCCCCGACAGCGCGACGAGUCCUUCGAGGCUCAGAUCACCAAAUCCGCCAUCGAACUCGGAUACCAGCCCGAGGAGAUGUUCGUGCUCAAGAUCACACAGUUGAGGGAGAUCUUCACCGUGCGAUGGUCCGUUUUCCUGCUCGGUCCCGCCGGCUGCGGGAAGACGGCGGUGUGGAAGACUCUGCUGCACGCGCAGAACGAGUACGGGGAGAAGGGCAAGGCGGUUCCCGUGAACCCCAAAGCUGUCUCUCGCAACGAGCUCUACGGCUUCCUCCACCCGGCGACUCGCGAGUGGAAGGAAGGCCUGAUGUCCGUGACGUUUCGCGACAUGAGCAACAACACCUCCUACGUUCACCAGUGGAUCGUGUUGGACGGCGACAUCGACGCCGAGUGGAUCGAGUCCAUGAACACCGUCAUGGACGACAACAAGAUGCUCACGCUCGCGUCCAACGAGCGCAUUCCGCUCACGGGCACCAUGCGCCUUCUCCUCGAGAUCAACCACAUGUUCCACUGUUCCCCGGCGACGGUAUCUCGAGGCGGCGUCAUCUACCUGAACCAGGACGACAUCGGCUGGAAGCCCAUGGUCGACUCCUGGAUCGAGGCGCGAGAAGCUACCGAGUACAGGCCGAUCCUCAUCGAACUCUUCGACAGGUACAUGCCGCGGUCGCUGGAGCACUGCCGCCGCGCCUUCCGCACGAUCGUGCCGUUGGUGCCCAUGAACAUCGCGGGUACCGUGUGCAAGAUUCUCGACGGGAUGAUCCCGAAGGAGGCGACGCGCGGCGCCCCCGCGCCGGACCGCAAACUCGUGGAGAUGCAGUUCGUGUUCGCCGCGACGUGGGCGCUGGGCGGCGCGAUGCUGGUGGACAAGACGGUGGACUACCGCGCGCAGUUCAGCAAGUGGUGGGUGGCGGAGUGGAAGAACGUCUUGUACCCCGAGGAGGGGUUGGUUUUCGACUACUACGUCGACCCGGUGUCGAUGCAGAUGCGACCGUGGGAGGAGAAGGUGGAGGGCUUCGGCUACAACCCGUCCGAGGCUUUCGCCAACAUAUUCGUGCCGUCCGUGGAGUCCACCAGGCUCUCCUACUUCCUCAACAGCUUCAUCAAGAACAAGCACUACUGCAUGUUCGUCGGCAACGCGGGCACGGGCAAGACGGCGCUGAUGCGCGAGACUCUGCGCGCGCUGGACUCGGAGAACUGGUGCUUCAGCACGAUCAAUAUGAACAACUUCAUGGACGCGCCCGCGCUUCAGGUGAUCAUGGAGCAGCCGCUGGAGAAGAAGUCGGGAGUUCGCUUCGGCCCGCCCGGCGCCAAGCGAAUGGUCUACUUCUUCGACGAUCUCAACAUGCCCUACGUGGACAAGUACGACACCCAGACGCCGAUCGAGUUGGCGCGUCAGAACAUCGACUACAAGGGCUGGUACGACAAGCAGAAGAUCGUGCUCAAGGAGGUGCUCAACUGCCAGUACAUGGCGUGCAUGAACCCCACCGCCGGUUCUUUCAACAUCACGCCGCGCAUGCAGAGACACUUCGCCACCUUUGCGGUGCAGAUGCCGAGCAAGGCGGUGAUCGCCACCAUGUUCGCGCAGAUCAUCGACGGGCACCUCAAGAACUUCGAUCCGGACAUCUCCAAGUUCGCCCAGAAGGUUGCCGACGCCUCCAUCGAGCUUCACAACCUGGUCGCCAACACCUUCCUGCCGUCGGCGGUCAAGUUUCACUACCAGUGGAACCUCCGCGAGUUGUCCAACAUCACCCAGGGCAUCUGCCGCACGCUUCCCGAGUUUUACACCAACCCGGCGGACCUCGUGCGGCUGUGGAUCCACGAGUGCGAGCGCGUGUUCAGCGAUCGCAUGACGCUCAUCAGCGACAUCGAAAAGUUCGACAACAUGCGAGUCACCGUGACCAAGAAGUACUUCGAGGAUCAGGACAUGGAGGCGAUCGAGGCUCGCCCCAUCUCCUACAACGCGUUCAUACAGCACGACUCGCAGGACAACGGCGCGUACUGCCCGGUGGAUUCCUACGAGAAGCUGAACAAGACUCUGGUGGACAAGCUCAACGAGCACAACGAGAGCAACGCUGUGAUGGACCUCGUGCUCUUCAACCAAGCCAUGGACCACGUGACGCGAAUCACCAGGAUCCUGGAUCUCCCGCGCGGCAACGCCAUGUUGGUCGGCGUCGGCGGCUCCGGCAAGCAAUCGCUCGCCCGACUCGCCACGUUCAUCUGCGGCUUUGAGGUUUUCCAGAUUUCCGUCACGUCUUCCUACGGCAUGGCCGACUUUAAGGUUGACCUCUUCGAGCUGUACAAGAAGGCUGGCGCCAAGGGCCAGCCGGUGACGUUCCUGAUGACCGACGGCCAGAUCGUCCAAGAGCGCUUCCUCGUGUACAUCAACGACCUGUUGAGCUCGGGAUACAUCCCGGACCUGAUGUCCAACGAGGAGAAGGAGGAGAUGUGCAACGCCGUGCGCAAGGAGGUGAAGGAGGCUGGCAUCCUGGACACGCCGGAGAACCUGUGGGAUUUCUUCCUAGACAAGGUGAGGAAGUACCUGCACGUGUGCCUCUGCUUCUCGCCCGUCGGUGACAAGUUCAGGAUCCGCGCGAGGAACUUCCCCGCGCUCAUCAACUGCACCGUCAUCGACUGGUUCCAGCCGUGGCCGCACGAGGCGCUCGUCUCCGUCGCCGGUCGAUUCCUCUCGGAGAUUCCCGAGAUCGAGCCCGAGCUGCUGGAGAACCUGCAGUACCACUGCGCGCACGCGCACAUGUCCGUCAACGACGCCUCCAACGCGUACCUCGACGAGGACCGCCGAUACUACUACACCACGCCCAAGUCGUACCUCGAGCUCAUCUCGUUGUAUAAAGACAUGCUCGCGAACAGGCGCCAGGCGCUGUCCGAGGCGAAGGCGAGGCUCGAGAACGGCGUGGACAAGAUCGCGUUCGCGUCCGCGCAGGUCAACGAGCUGCAGGUGAACCUCAAGCAGGAGCAGAUCAUCGUCGAGGAGAAGAAAAAGGCGACGGACCAGCUCAUCGUCUCCAUAGGAAAGGAGAAGGCGGUGGUGGACGCCGCGGUGGAAGCCGGCGCGGCGGACGAAGCCGAGUGCGCCGCCAUCGCCGAGGAGGUGUCCGCGGUCCAGGCCGAAUGCGCGGAAGACCUCGCCAAGGCGGAGCCCAUCAUCCAGGAAGCCGAGGCUGCGCUCAACUCGCUGGAUAAGAAAUCACUCGGCGAGCUCAAGGCGUACUCCAACGUGGACAAGAUGAUCUCCGCCGUCACCGCCGCGGUGAUGAUCCUCUUCGCCAAGGGUAAGAUUCCCAAGGAUGUCUCCUGGAACGCCGCGAAGAAGUUCAUGGGCUCCGUCGACGGCUUCCUCACGAACCUCGUCAACUUCGACAAGGACAACGUCAAGGAGGAGUGCGUCGCCGAGGUGGAGUCCAAGUACCUCACCAUGCCCAAGUUUACGGUUGCGGACAUCGAGAAAAAGUCAGGCGCCGCCGCCGGUUUGUGCAGCUGGGUCAUCAACAUCUGCAAGUACUUCCGCAUCUACCAGGAGGUGGCGCCCAAGCGCGCGGCGCUCGCGGACGCCAACGCCAAGCUCGACGCCGCCAACGAGAAGCUCAGCGGCAUUCGAGCCAGGGUCAAGGAGCUGCAAGACAAGGUUGCCGCCCUCGAGGAUAACCUCAUGAAGGCGACGGAGGACAAGAACAACGCCAUCGCCGCCGCGGAGAAGACCCAACGCAAGGCGGACCUCGCCGAUCGCCUCGUCAACGGCCUCGCGGGCGAGAACAAGCGCUGGGGAGAGUCCAUCCAGGAGAUGUCGGUUUCGUACAGCAAACUGGUCGGCGACGUGCUAGUGGCGUCCUCCUUUGUUUCCUACGCGGGUGCCUUCAACGCGAAAUUCCGCAAGUCCCUGGUGCACAACAAAUGGCUCCCCGACCUCGUCGAACGCGAUAUUCCGAUGACCGCCGGGGUGGUUCCCCUGGACGUCCUCACCACCGACGCCCUGAAGGCGCAGUGGGGCAUCGAGGGCUUACCCACCGACCCGCUGUCAAUCGAGAACGGCGCAAUCAUGACCGCCGCCAAGCGAUGGGCGCUCAUGAUCGACCCCCAGCUCCAGGGCAUCAAGUGGAUCAAGGAGAAGUGGGGCGACAAGCUCAAGAUCAUCCAACUCUCCAAGCCCAACUACAUCGCGGACGUGGAGCACUGCAUCGAGAACGGCAUCCCGCUGAUGAUCGAAAACCUCCAGGACGACAUCGACGCCGUCCUCGACCCCGUCGUGGCUCGACAGACGAUGAAACGCGGCAGGUCGACGGUGAUGAAGCUCGGCGACAAGGAGGUGGACUACGACCCGAACUUCAAGCUCUACCUCCAGACGAAGCUCUCCAACCCGCACUAUAAACCCGAGAUUGCGGCGCAGACGACUCUGGUGAAUUUCUGCGUCACGGAGAAGGGUCUUGAAGAUCAGCUCCUCGCGCUCGUCGUCGAGAAGGAGCGGUUCGACCUGCAGGAGCAGUCCUCCAACCUCGUCAGACAGCUCGGAGAGUACACCGUGCAGCUCACGGAGCUCGAGGAUAACCUGCUGGUCAGGCUCGCCAACGCCCAGGGCGACAUCCUCGAGGACAUCGCUCUCAUCGAGAAUUUGGAAGAGACGAAGCGGACGGCGACGGAAAUCGCCGAAAAAGUCGAGGUUGCGUCGGAGACUCAAAUCUCGAUCAACCAGACCCGCGAGGUGUACAGGCCCGUCGCGGCGCGCGGCGCGCUGUUCUACUUCCUCAUCGACGUGCUCAACGUGCUCGACCGCGUGUACCAGUACUCGAUGGCGAACUACAUCUACAUCCUCAAGAAGGGGAUGGACAUCUGCCCCGGCGGCAGCGACGGGGAGCAGUGGGUGCCCGAGGAGAAGAAGCUCGGCAAGGAGCUGCCCGUCGAGCAGCGCGUCCCCGCGCUCACCGAGAGCGUCACGUCCGCGGUGUUCGGGUACAUCUCCGCCGGUCUCUUCGAGCGGCACAAGCUCAUCAUGGCGACGCAGCUCACCAUGGGAGUCCUUCGGCAGCAGGGCAAGUUGGACGCGGAGUUGUUCGACUGGCUGCUCCGAGCCCCGCGGUCCGAGGGCAUGGACAACCCGCUGCCGGAGUGGCUCGGCGAGGCCAACUGGGAGAUGGUCAACUCCAUCCGCGAGUUUGAGCAGUACGCCGCGCUCGGGGACGACCUCGUGGGCUCCGCCAAGCGCUGGCGCGAGUGGAUGGAGCUGGAGCGACCGGAGGAGGAACCGAUGCCGGGCGACUGGAAGAAGAUGGAGCAGUUCGAGCAGCUGCUGCUGUUCAGGGCGCUGCGACCGGACAGGAUGUCCAACGCGCUCGGCACCUUCGUCAAGAACACCCUCGGCGAGCGGUACGUCACGUCGGAUCCCUUUGACUUGGCGUCGUCUUUCGAAGAUUCGGCGCCGGGCACGCCCAUGUUCAUCUUCCUCUCCCCCGGCGUGGACGUCGCGGCGGCGGUGGAGCACCUCGGGCGCAAGCUCGGGUACACCGCCGACAACGGCAAGUACGCGAGCGUCUCGCUGGGGCAAGGCCAGGAGCCCAUCGCGAUGAACAACCUGAAGAACUUCCACAAGAGCGGCGGCUGGGUGCUCCUGCAGAACAUCCACCUCACGAUCGACUGGACCAACGGCCCUCUGGAGAAGACGGUGGACAAGCUCGCCGAGGGGGCGCACGAAAACUUCAGGCUGUUCCUGUCCGCGGAGCCCCCGCCCUCGUUAGAGCGCGGCCUCGCCAUCUCCUUGCUCCAAAACAGCGUCAAGUUGACGAACGAACCCCCCGAGGGAAUGAAGCAAAAUUUGGCUCGCGCGUACAACAACUUCACCGAGGAGAUGUUCGAGGCGUGCGCCAAGCAAGGGGAGUUCAAGUCCAUCAUCUUCGCGCUGUGCUACUUCCACGCGGCGAUUUUAGAGCGCAAGAAGUUCGGGGUGGGCAACCUCCCGGACGCGGCGUCGGGCAUCGGGUGGAACAUGAACUACCCGUUCAACACGGGCGAUCUGCUGUGCUGCGGCCAGUGCGUGAACAACUACCUGGAGAACAACAGCAAGGUCCCGUGGGACGACCUCAAGUACAUCAUCGGCGAGAUCAUGUACGGUGGUCACGUCGUCGAGGACUGGGACAGGCGCACGGUGGCGAUGUACCUCGAGUCCUACUUCAAGGAGGAGCUCCUCGAGGGUAUCGAGUACUUCCCGGGCUUCCCCUCCCCGCCCAGCGGCUUGAACCACAAGCAGACCAUGGCGUACAUCGAGGAGAAUUUCCCCACGGAGACGCCCCUCGCCUUUGGCCUCCACCCCAACGCGGAGAUUGGCUUCAAGCUGCGCGAGGCGGAGAGCCUCUGCGCCGCCAUCCUCUCGCUCCAGCCCAGGGACGGCGGCGGCGAGGAGGGUUCCUCCGUCGAGGACAAGGCCAAGACGGUGUUGGACGACUUGGUGGACAGGCUUCCCGAGCAGUUCGACAUGGAGGACAUUCGCGGGCGCACCGAGGAGAUCACGCCGUACAUCAUGGUCGCCAUCCAGGAGGCUGAACGCAUGAACGUGCUCCUCGCCGAGAUGAAGCGCUCGCUCGCGGAGCUCGACCUCGGCUUAAAGGGUGACCUCACGAUGUCGGACCCGAUGGAGAAGCUCAUGAUGGCGCUCGCCGACGGUGCCGUGUACGCCGGCUGGGCCAAGCUGGCGUACCCGUCGCUUCGCUCGCUCGGUUCGUGGGUGAACAACCUGGAACGGCGCGUCGAACAGCUCGCGCAGUGGUGCAGCGACCUGCAGCUGCCCAAAGCCGUCUGGCUCUCCGGUCUCUUCAACCCGCAAUCGUUCCUCACCGCGGUGAUGCAGACGACGGCGCGGAAAAACGACUGGCCGCUAGACAAGACGGUUGUGCUCACCGAGGUGACCAAGAAGCAGCCCGAGCAGAUCGAGGGACCGGCGAGGGAGGGGGCGUACAUUCACGGGCUCACCCUGGAGGGAUGCAGGUGGGACGAGAAGGCGGGGUGCCUCGACGAAUCCAGGCCCAAGGAGAUGUUCUGCCCCAUGCCCGUGAUUAUCAUCAAGGCUGUGACGGUGGACAAGGCGGAGAUGAAGGAUGCGUACCAGUGCCCGGUGUACAAGACGGAGCGAAGGUUCAGGGAGGAGGUGUUCACCGCGCAGCUCAAGAGCAAGCACGGGCAGAUCAAGUGGACGCUCUCGGGCGUCGCGCUCUUCCUGGACAUCUGCUGAUAACGCGUUCGAUCAGUUUUUGUGUGGAAAAGAAUAGACGCCGAAGGAAACAAACAAGAGAAGGUCCGCGGCGAAGGCGCGCGCGGCGCGAGCGGCGAGGCGGCGCGUUCAAUUUCCUCUCUCGCGGUGACGGCUCCGAUGGAGUGGAGCCGUUGUAAACCCGCGGGCAGGAGCGACGCCUCAUUAAUCGCUCGCGCGCGCGACGAACAAAUGCCGCGUUUGACCGGUGUUUGACCGAAGCGUUUGACCGAAGGCUUCGUCAGACGCUACUAGCUAGGAUUACUUCAAUCAGAUGAUUUACACAUUCAGCAAGACGACGCACGUCACGAGUCCCGCGCGCCGCCGUCAGUCCGGCGCGUCACAGUCCCUUGGGCUUUGGAGGUUUCCUCCCCUUCCUCUUGACGUCGCUGGCGAUCGUGAGAUUUUUCGCAUAGUUUUUGGAAUCCUGCGACCCGGUCGGCGGUGGGGGAUCGUUUGCGUCGUCGUCGCCUCCUCCCCCUCCGCCUCCGCCGGAUCCCUGGCCGGCGACGAACGCCGCUCCCGCCACCGCGAUGAGCGCGACGAUGCCGAACGCCCCGCCGCCGCCGCCGCCGCCGUCGUCGGCGAGCGCGGGCAGCGCCGUCGCGAGGCUUACCGGGAUGCCGCCCAACGCCGCUGACGCGAGUUUGACGCUGGCGCCCUUUGCGACGGAGGGUUUUCGCGCGGGAGGAUCCGCGUCUCGCUUCGCCGCGGCGCGGGCGGCGACGCGAGCCGGGCGGACGGCGACCUACGUUGACGACGAGGGCGCGUGUCGAUGGUCAGCGGCGAGAGCGAGACGUUCGUUUCGCGCGUGCGGCGCGUCAGCGCGCGCGCGAGACGCGUGGAGACGAAGCCAUUGGACGUGUCAGUCGGGCGGGUGUACAGUCAGACGGUUGGUGCGGUGCGGUGGGGUUGGGGAGACGGGAGCCGACGCGUUACCUCGCGCGGGGCGCCGAGUCGGACGGCGCGCGCGCUCAACGCACUCGUCACCGUGGUCAUGGUGCGUGCGUUUCACUCGACGCUCUUCAAGCUAUGGCGCCGCGGCCGACGAGCCCGGCGAGCUGGGCGUGC